AUGUCAACUAUUCCAAGUAGUAUUCAGACGGAACAUCCACAAACUUCAAUGGCUAAUGCGUGGAAAACAAUGAUAUCAAAUCAACGAAAGAGAGCCGUGGUGGCCUGUUUCAGAAUGGUACCACUCUAUGGCAUUCCAAGACAUCGAGCCAUAAAUUUCUUCUUGCCGGCAUUCAGUAAACUUUGGCUAGAAGAAGAAGACGUUGGACAGGAUGCUCUCAUCAGAGAACUGACGAGUGGAGAUGAAGGAAAUGAACAGAUACACAUCAAGUCAGCAGAUGACGAACUUCUGACUGAUGAAAAGGAAGAAAAAUAUCAGUUACCGCCUGAUCCGCUGAGACAGCUAAUUCAGUGCUUCCAACGUGCUGCUACAAGUGAGCAAAGCCAGACAAUAUCCAUAGCUAAUGAUUCACUUUUUGUGAACUUUGCGCAAGUAAUGUCAAAGUCAAUACACAUUGAAGAAGAAGAGGAAGGCGGAGAAGAUGAAGGAGAAGUUGACCAAGCACAGAAAGAAGAAAUUUCGCAGGCACUGCGAGCAGAACAAGCUGUUCUGGCCGAUCGAGGAGCAGCCAUAAUGUGCUUGAUGUAUCUCUCAGCAAGCAACGGAGAACCAAGUGAUAUGGUUGCAGAAGCGUUACAACUCGGAAUCCAUCUCCUUAGUGGUGGAAAUAGUGACAUUCAGAAGAUGCUGAUUGACUACUUACAACUGAAGAAGGAUGUUCGUUUUUUCACCUCAUUAGCAGGCUUGAUGAAUAAAUGUAGCGUGUUAAAUCUUGAAAUGUUUGAGCGACAAAUUAAGGCAGAAGGUUUGGGUAUGGGAGCUCAGUUGGCUGCAGGAGAUAAUCAGAAUCUCAAUGAUUCAGAAUUUACCUGCAGCCUUUUCCGAUUCCUGCAGUUGACAUGUGAAGGGCAUAAUUCCGAUUUUCAAAAUUAUCUUCGCACUCAACCUGGACACACAACUAGUGUGAAUCUAAUCAACUGCACGGUUGAUUACUUGCUACGGUUGCAAGAAUCAGUGAUGGAUUUUUAUUGGCACUAUUCGAGUAAAGAAGUUAUUGAUGAAGGUGGCAAAGAGUACUUUUUGCGAGCUAUUCAAGUGUGUAGUCAAGUGUUCAACACACUUACUGAAAGUAUUCAGGGUCCUUGCACGGGAAAUCAGAUGACCCUCGCCAAUUCGCGUUUAUGGGAUGCAAUUAACGGAUUCUUUUUUCUUUUCGCACAUAUGAUGGAGAAACUGUAUAAAAACAGUACUCAAUUGGAGCUACUGAGAGAAUUUUUAAAUUUGCAGAAGGAUAUGAUAGUGCUGAUGUUAUCAAUGCUUGAAGGAAAUGUACUCAAUGGACCAAUUGGUAAGCAGAUGGUUGAUGCGUUGGUUGAAAGCGAACAAAAUGUAGAAAUGAUUCUAAAGUUCUCAGAUAUGUUUCUGAAACUGAAAGACUUGACGACUUCGCAGGCAUUUCAAGAUUUUGAUACUAAUAGAGAUGGUUGGAUAUCACCUAAAGAGUUCCAACGUGCUAUGGAAAGCCAAAAGAUUGAAGAAAUAACGUAUUUAAUGAUGUGCACGGAUGUCAAUAAUGACGGUAAAGUGGAUUAUAUGGAGUUCACUGAGCGCUUCCACAAUCCUGCUCGAGAUAUUGGUUUCAACGUAGCUGUACUACUUACAAAUUUGAAAGAACAUAUUACGAAUGAUCCGCGAUUGGAGAAGAUUGUCAAGCAAGCCAGCAGUUUGCUAGAAUAUUUUGAUCCUUAUUUGGGUCGAAUCGAGAUUAUGGGCUCGAGUAAGAGAGUAGAAAAGAUCUACUUUGAGAUUCAGGAAUCUUGGCUUGAGCAGUGGAGCAAACAGCAAAUCAGGCUAUUCAGAGAUUCCAAGAAUUCAUUUCUGUUUAACGUGCUACAAGAUGAUGGCGGAGAUCAGGGGAAGCUUGAAGCAUUCAUUAAUUUCUGCGAAGACACCAUUUUUGAGAUGCAACAUGCAGCAGAAAUCAGCGCUGGAGAUGCAGCAGAUUCUAAAAUUGAACGGGCUAAAAAGCAGCGUGAUUAUUUCUUGCAGCAAACAUCAGCUGGCGCAAAGAUUUCAGCUACUUUUAAAACAGGACUGGAUUAUGGUGUGAAUGCAGCAAAUGCCUUAAAACCUUCAAAUGUAAAAAGAACUUUAAGCACGGCAGCUACUUCUCUCAAAUCAUUGACCUGGGCGCAAAUGACAUUUGCAAUCAUUGCUUUAUCUACAAAAGUAUCCAUGAAAUUAGCUCUUUUCUUAUAUAUGGUAUUGUGCACGCUGUUCCGUUUUGGAUAUUAUUUGAUGACGCCAGAACGUGAUGACGUUUCUCCUCAAUAUACCACUCCAGUAUGGCCGCCUGUUCUUCAGCAGCACCGUUCUACCAAUUAUGAUGUAUUUGGCGUGAGGUUGCCUUCCUCUGACCCGCAACCAACACCACCAACGUUAUCAACUUUGACAAAGACUGAAGAAAGAAUUUUCUCUCAGUUAACUGUAAUGGAUUAUGGGAGUACAAACUCGCCAAUUUCUGUACAGCAAACGGAAAGCGCUUUUAAAACACCUCAAACUGCGCAGCAACAAACAGCAUCGAGCUUCUAUGAAACGCAAAGUGUAGUCGGUUCAGCGUACUGUGAACAAGCUGCUACACCCGUAAUAUCUGAAUUUGAUACAGCUGAAUUUUAUGAGCCGAAAAUUGCUGAACAAAGUGCACCACGUAACCGCCGAUCUCUACUUGUACGUUUGUUUGUGAAUUAUAAUAUGUUGGCGCGAAACUUCAAAACAAUCGAGAAAACUACGCUAUAUUUAGCCUUCUUCAUUAACGUUAUCUUACUUUUCCACCGGGUGCGAAUUAUGCAUAUUUCGUCGGAACCGCAAGAAAGUGAUGAGGGAGAUGAUAAUGAUGAUGAUAUGGAGUCAGUUUUUAUCACUGGAAUGAUGCUUCCAUAUACUUCCUAUGAAGUGACCGGAUGGAUGUUAACACAGUUGCUUUAUUGGAUAAGCGUUUUCCAUGCCGUCGCUUCAUUUGCGUUGCUGGUGUCGUUUUAUCAGCUAAAGAUUCCACUGAUAACGUUUAAGCGGGAGAAGGAAGUUGCCCGUCGAUUGAUGUUCGACGGUUGCUGGCUUACUGAAGAAGAUGAUGAAGAAAGAAGCUUAACGGACACUAUUUUCUGGUAUAUUGAUCGCAUUGUGAUUAGUUCAAAAUCAUUUCCUAUGAAAUAUUGGGAUAAAUUCGUUCGUCGAAAAACAAAACAGAAGUUCCGUGAUCAAGUUGAUGAGGAGAUUCUGACUACUGCUUUAGGUGAAGAUAAACCCGCUACUGAUACUACCUUCGAUUACAGGUAUACUUGCUGGCUCUGGCUUGGGGUCAUACUGACAAACGGACAAUUUCUAUACCGUGUCCACUAUUUACUGUGCUCAGCUCUGGGUGUUUUUGUCUCUCCAUUCUUCUAUGCAUUUCAUUUAAUUGAUGUAGUUCUUUCUUUCCCCAUGUUGAAAGCCAUUUUGCAGUCAGUCACACAUAAUUUACAGCAGCUGAUUUUGACAAUUAUGAUGACUUUGGUGGUUGUAUAUUUGUACACUGUGCUGGCAUUCAACUUUUUCCGUAAGUUUUACGUGCAAGAAGCUGAGGAAGGUGAAGAACCUGACCGAAAAUGUCAUAACAUGCUGACGUGUUUCAUCUAUCAUUUCUACGCUGGCGUACGAGCAGGGGGAGGUAUUGGCGAUGAAUUAGAGUCACCUUAUGGCGAUGAUUUAGAAUACUGGCGAAUGCUUUAUGAUAUUUCCUUCUUCUUCUUUGUCAUUGUAAUUCUACUUGCUAUUAUGCAAGGUUUGAUUAUCGAUGCAUUUGGUGAAUUGAGAGAUCAGCAAGAAUCUGCAACAGAAAAGUUGGAAUCGUCGUGUUUUAUUUGUGAUAUCGGUAAAGAAACAUUUGAUCGUUUGCCUCGUGGAUUUGAAAUUCAUACUUCCAAGGAACACAAUUUUGCAAAUUAUCUCUUCUUCCUUCAACAUCUCGUGAAUAAAGAUGAAACAGAAUAUACGGGACAAGAAACGUACGUGAGGGAAAAAUAUGAUAAUCGUGACUGGGAAUUCUUUCCUGUUGGCGAGUGUUUCAUGAAGCAGUACGAAGAUCAGUUACUGCAGUCAUAA